UGAGCAUAUUUAUCCUUUGGUGUUAUGUAUAGCAAGCGACCCUUGUUAAGAACGAUAUUACAAAAUCAAGCGACACUUGUUAAGAACGAUAUUACAAAAUCAAGCGAGAAAUUAGAUACAUACAAAGCGAGUUGGGGUUUUCUUCUUCUUUUGAUUUUCUAUCAGAGAAGAAGGGAAAGCAAAUGGCUUCACCAAAAUCAAGAAUGGUAUUCCGUAUCAUGCUGGUCACUCUACUGCUUCUCCUUCUCUUCUACCUCGGUCGCCCUUUAUACUGGAAAAUCUCCGCUACCGCCCACGAUAUCCGCAACAACAAGCAAACUGUUAGACAAGGUCUUUCCCAAAUUGUCAUGGAAGCUCAAAAAUCCGUCGCGUGGUUCAGAGCUCCGUUCUAGCACCCGAAGUUCUCUUCACAAAGCUCCGGUCAGAUUAUCAUUCACAUCAUAAUGAUUAUUUUAGGGUUUUUACAUUUUUAGGGAUUCUAGAGAAAUCUCACUCCUAUUAGAUUACAACACCACUGUCAUGGAAAUAGAGGUACGGUAAUGAUUAUAACCUCAAGGGACUGGUUCAAAUACAUUUUGUAAAGUUAUGAUAUAAUUAUUAGAUCUUUCUUGAAAAAAAAUUAUGUUAAAUUUGUAAUGAUGAAUCAAUGAAAAGUGAAUAUGUUCAAUUU